AUGUCGGCCACAAUGAGGCGAACUCCUGGCCCGACGGAUACGAUGAAAAGUAGGAAGAACGACUCGAUUGUAGACAAACUGACAGGGACAUUGACACGGAAGAAGAAAUCAGUUCAUGAGAAUCAAGAACCACCAGAGGAAGAUGAGGCUCUUGAGAUCGAGAUUGAGGGUCGAGAGUCGAUUGAUGCUUGUUUAGUCCCAGCAAUGGCCAAGAAUUUAACUCUUGAUGAAGGAGAAGUGCGCCGCUACUUAACUAAGGAAUCAAGCGAAGAUCGCAAGGUUCGUGAACUGAUUUCCCUGUUGACCUAUUGGAUCAACGAGGAAUUAGCGGAACAAAGAAUUGUGGUUCGUAAUCUACAAGAAGACAUUUUCGACGGUCAAAUACUUCAAAUACUUAUCGAGAAGCUUGCUGGUAUUCGAAUCGAAGUCCCAGAGUUAACGCAAUCUGAAGAAGGGCAAAAGAAGAAAUUGGAGUUAGUCGUCCAAGCAGUGAAUCGAAUUGUAACACCAACAGAACAACCGAGAUGGGACGCAGAACUUAUCCAUUCAAAGGAUAUCGUCGCUAUCAUGCAAAUACUGAUAGCAAUGGUUCUCCACUUCAGAGCACCGAUUCGCCUGCCUGAGCACGUUUCCGUUAAGAUGCUCGUUGCUUCAAAGCAGCAAGGUCACUCGCGAUCUGAGUUUGUUACGGAACAACUUACAACAACCCAACCAGAACUCGGCCUGAAGGGAGAGAGAGACGCCUUUGACACUUUGUUCGACUACGGACCAGAUAAGCUGGCACAUGUGAAGACUUCGUUAUUGGCCUUCUGCAACAAACACCUUAAUAAGAUUAAUCUUGAGGUCAACGAUCUAGAAACCCAGUUCCAAGAUGGGGUUUUCCUCGUUCUUCUCAUGGGUCUUCUGGAGGGAUACUUUGUCCCUUUACAUGCUUUCCACCUCCAGUUUGUGUGCGUCUUCAUAACCGUACGUUUCCGAGCGAAAGUAAAUUCUGUGACAUCAUAUGAAGAAAAAGUGAAGAACGUCGGAUUCGCCUUCAAACUCAUGCACGAUGCUGGCUUGCCAAAACCUCGUAGUCGAAUUCAGGACAUUGCUAAUGGUGAUCUUAAGAGUACUCUUCGUCUCCUUCAUCUUCUUUUCACCAAAUAUAAGCAUGUCUGA